ACGAGUCAAACCCAACGCAAAAUACACAAUUAAUUCACGAAACGAUUCUAAAACACAUAUAACAUAAGCACAGUGAUAUAUAAAAGUAUAAUAGAAAAAAUGAGUAAACCAAAGUUCAGUGCAACAUAGCCAAGUGUGUGAAGAUGCGGCAAUGCGCCAGACGCGAAUCAAUGCAUACAGUAUUUCCUGAUGCCAAACUCACGGACUUUUAGUGUCAAAUCUACAAAACCAUGGAGCCUCUUAUAGAUAGGAACAAUUUCGCUGUAAGCGCAAUCGUGACGGUGGCUAUGCAAAUAUUGUUCUUCACCAUCGCAUCGCUUUUCCAAAGUGACAAAGUCACCGAUUUCACUGGCGGCGCUAAUUUCAUAAUUAUAGCGCUGCUGACUUUCUUCCUUGGUCAAGGCGCCAGCACGCUAAAGAAUUAUGACAGUCGACAGCUAAUGAUCACCGCUUUUGUCUGUGUUUGGGGCGCCAGGUUAUCUGGUUACCUCAUAUACAGAAUCUACCAUAUCGGUAGAGACAAACAAUUUGAAGACAGAAAGAGUAACACGUUAAGAUUCGCUGUCUUUUAUACAUUCCAGGCUGUGUGGGUAUAUAUCGUAAGUUUACCUGUAAUUAUAUUGAAUUCUCCUCACCAUUCGUUCCCAAAAUCGCCAAAAACUAUGACGACCUUAGAUUCGGCGGGAGCAGGAAUAUUCGUAAUAGGCCUACUUAUAGAAACGUACGCAGACUUACAAAAGUUUGCAUUCAGACAAGAACCUUCGAAUCAAGGGAGAUGGUGCAACGACGGAUUAUGGGGCCUGUCGAGACAUCCCAAUUAUUUUGGUGAAGUGGUGCUGUGGUGGGGCAUAUUUAUCAUAUCAUUGAAUGUAAUCGAAGGAGUCGAAUGGAUAGCUAUAAUGUCGCCUUUAUUCACAACUGCUAUCAUAUUAUUCUUAUCGGGUAUUCCGUUGCUUGAACGAUCAGCGGACGAAAAAUAUAGAGAUAAUCCAGAUUAUCUAUAUUAUAAAGCAUCCACGUCACCAUUAAUACCAAUACCGCCUGCAAUUUAUGUGGAGGUGCCAAAAUUUCUUAAAUGCAUGUUGUGCUGUGAAUUUCCCAUAUAUGACUCUACUGCUGAUGACUUCCCUGCUCCUACAAUCGUCACUGAGACGACCAGCAUAUCAAUGGUCCAGUCUCAGACAUAGCUAACGAACGCCGCGCGCGACAACGGCGCGGCCAAGACUGAAACGACGAUCAGCAAAUGCCAAACAUCCCAGAAACAAUUGUGAUACACAGCUGAGGAAAGACCUCAAAAGAAAUUGCCAAAUUCCUUACCAUUAAAACAAAGUAA